AUGGCGGUGCCGCCACCCUCGGGCAUCUUCCUCUUUCUGGUUCUGUGCUGCGGGCUUCUGGUCCAUCUCGACGGCGGCGCCGCCGUGAACGAGGAAGGCCAAGCUCUGCUCCGCUUCCGGAGCUCCAUCGCCGGCGACAGCGCGGCGGCUCUGGCCAACUGGAACUCCUCCGACCCGACCCCCUGCUUCUGGAACGGGAUCACUUGCAGAGACCAGACAGUGGUCGCCAUUAACCUCCCCAGAGCGAAGCUCAGGGGCUCCCUCCACCCAUCGCCAUGGAACCUCUCCUUCCUCCGCCACCUCAACCUGCGGAGCAACCAGUUCGAGGGGCCCCUCCCGGCCGGCCUCCUCGCCGGCGCAUUAGGGCUCCAGAGCCUCGUCCUCUCCGGGAACUCCCUCUCCGGCGAGCUCCCCGUCGGCGUCGGCGCCCUCUCCUACCUCCAGAUCCUGGACCUCUCCCGGAACGCCAUUAAUGGCUCGGUGCCCACCUUGCUGACUCGCUGUCGGAGGCUGAGGAUCCUCGACCUUGCCGGAAACCGCUUCUCCGGCGCCCUUCCGGCAGGGUUCGGCGGCGCCUUCCCUCUCCUGGAGAAGCUCAACCUCUCCCUCAAUAGCUUCUCCGGCGCCGUCCCCGGCGACCUGGGCAACCUCUCCGCCCUCCAGGGGACGGCGGACCUCUCCCACAACCUCUUCUCCGGCGCCGUUCCGGCGACCCUAGGAAGCCUGCCGGAGAGGGUCUACAUCGAUCUCAGCUUCAACAAUCUAAGCGGGGAGAUCCCCCAGAGCGGAGCUCUGGUCAACAGAGGCCCCACGGCCUUCGCCGGAAACCCGGCCCUCUGCGGUCCGCCAUUAAAGACCCCCUGCUCUUCGCCCUCCUCUUCCGGCGGCAACGCCGCCGCCACAGUAGGCCACGCGAGGCUGAGCGGAGGCCAGGUGGCCGCCGUAGUGGGGGGCGAUCUCGCCGCCAUCUGCCUCAUAGCUCUGAUCUUCCUCUACUGCUACCGGCAGGCGAUCUCGGCGGCGGCGAUGACCGGCGGCGGGAUCGCCGCCAAGGCCCGCCGGAGGAGGGAGGAGGGCGACCAUUCGGAGCUCGUCUUGCUGGACCGCCAUUCGAGCUUCGACCUCGAGGAGCUCCUCAAGGCGUCGGCUUUCGUCCUGGGGAAGAGCAGCGUGGGAAUCGUCUACAAGGUGGUGCUGGAGGGCGGCACCAUCAUGGCGGUGCGGCGGCUGGGGGAGGGCGGCUCCCAGAGGUUCGGAGAGUUUCAGGCGGAGGUGGAGGCCAUCGGCAAGCUCCGCCACCGCAACGUCGUCCCCUUCAGAGCUUACUAUUGGUCUCUCGACGAGAAGCUCCUCAUCUACGACUACAUUCCCGGCGGCAACCUCUCCGCCGCUGUCCACGGUGAGCGCCCCCUCCAGAUUUUCCGGGUUUCUUUCUACAUUUGGCUCACCGGCGAGGGUUUCCGGUGAUAUCAGUGAAGGCGACGGCGGCGCUGCAGUGGAGGGAGAGGAUGAAGAUCAUGAAAGGGGUGGCAAGGGGGAUGGCAUUCCUGCAUGAAUUCAGUCCGAAGAGGUACGUCCAUGGAGAUCUGAAGCCCAGCAACGUUCUCCUCGGCGUUGACUUGGAGCCCUUCAUCGCUGACUUCGGGCUCCGGCGGCUGGCCGACAUCGCCGGAGGGUGGCGGAGAGAGCCGCCGGAGGGCGGCGCCGCCGCCUACUACCGGGCUCCGGAGACAGCGAGGGCCGUCAAGCCGUCGCAGAAGUGGGACGUCUACUCGUACGGUGUGAUACUGCUGGAGCUGAUAACGGGGAGGUCGCCGCCGGCGCUACUGAGCGCCGCCGGCGUUGACCUGGUGCGAUGGGUGCAGCUCUGCGUGGAGGAGAAAAAGCCGCUCGCGGAGGUGCUGGACCCGACCCUCCUCCAGGAAGCGGAAGACGACAGCGGCACCGCCGCCGAGGCGGAGGAGGAGGAGGAGAUCAUCGGAGCUCUGAAGAUCGCACUCGCCUGCGUUCAGACCAGCCCGGAGAGGAGACCUUCCAUGCACCAUGUACUGGACAGCCUCGAUCGGCUCUCCCCCCGCCGCUGA